GAGAGAGAGAGAGAGAGAGAGACAGAAGGGAGGAAGACAGUCGAUGUGGUUGUUGCCGCGGCAGCAGAGAAGGACCGUUCUAAGACAGUAACUCUCCACUCCUCCUCCUCUUCCUCCUCCUCCUCCUCCUCCUCUUCCUCCUCCUUCUUCUUCUUUCUUAUUAUUCCUCCAUCGCUCCAUUUGUUUCCACCUGGAGCCAAAACUAACAAAACAAAACAGUUUCAUCUUCCUCUUCUUUUAGUUCUUCACCUUCAUCAUCAUCAUCAUCAUCACGGCCACCAUCAUCAGCGGCGGACGGCCAUACAUGGACAUGGAGUAAGAGCCGCCUGACGCCUCCUUCUCCACUAGUGCCCCCCCUCCCCCCGCCUCCCGAAGAGACACAGAUGGAGGAGCAGUAGAGAGUGCAGAGCAGGAGAGGAAGCUCCACUUAGAGGGAGGAGGACAUUCUGUCUACCGGCAACUUCAGAAACCAUCAUCACAAUUUAAUAAGAAUCUGAAAGGCUGCGGCGCUGCAACAAACCUGUCUUCAGAGGGGGGGGCUGUGGAGAGAAAGAGAGAGGGGGAGGGAGAGAGGGAAGGAGAGACAGAGGGGAUGGAGGCCUUAAAACUUCCUUCCUCUGGAUGUAUUUCUUUGUCUCCAGUCCCACAGCAAUAAAGCUGUGAGAAAUAACUGUUAUUAUUGUUGGUGCGUGUCGUUGGUGGCUCGGGUGGAGGGGGGCGGGGGGCUCUGACUUGGAGCAGGACUCUCACUUCUUUCAGGUUGAGAGUUUGCAAUCGGAUGAAACGGAAAUACUUCUGGAGUUUUUUUUAUUUAAAGGCUCCAGUUAAGUUCUUUACUUUAUUUUGAAAAGCAACAGGAAUCCGAUGGAUGCCAGGAACCUGUCAAAAUAAGACGAUUGGAAACGUACUUGUCGGAUGGAUUGGCUGUCACUUUCCUUCCUGUUUUUUGUUUCAUGGCUCAACACCUGCCUGCCCUCUGACCCGUGCUCCCCCGCUCCCCCCAAUGCCCCUCCCCCCAUCAUCAACAUGUCCAACUACGUCCUCGCUUUCUGCCUCGCCCGCUCAAGGACAUCAAGGCAAGAGAAGAAGUGAGGAUUUGAUAAACACACACGAAGCAGCCCCCCCCUCACACCCCAAAAACACCUCCCGCCUCUGAUUAGAAAUGGCGGCCGGCGUGGCCACAUGGCUGCCGUUCGCACGGGCCGCGGCGGUGGGAUGGCUGCCGCUGGCCAAGAAGACGAUGCCAAAACCCCCCGUGGACAACUCAUCCAAGUCAGAUGAGAUCCUGUAUGUCAACGUCAGCGGUGUCCGGUUUCAGACAUGGAAGAACACUCUGGACCGGUACCCGGAGACCCUGCUGGGCUCCUCGGAGAAGGAGUUCUUCUACAACGAGGACACGCAGGAGUUCUUCUUCGACCGGGACCCCGAAAUGUUCCGGCACAUUCUGAACUUCUACCGCACAGGGAAGCUCCACUACCCGAGGAACGAGUGCAUCCAGGCCUUCGAUGAGGAGCUGGCCUUCUACGGCAUCGUGCCUGAGAUCAUUGGAGACUGCUGCAUGGAGGAAUACCGCGACAGGAAAAAGGAGAACCAGGAGCGCCUAGCGGAGGACACGGAGGCCAACGAGGCGAUGGAUGCCCCCCUGCCCCCCCACAGCUCGUCCAGGGAGCGCCUGUGGCGGGCCUUCGAGAACCCCCACACCUCCACCAUGGCGCUGGUCUUCUACUACGUCACCGGUUUCUUCAUCGCCGUCUCCGUCAUCGCCAACGUGGUGGAGACGGUGCCCUGCCGCCCCCCCAAGGGCAGCGUGAGGGACCUCCCCUGCGGGGAGAAGUACCAGCUGGCCUUUUUCUGCAUGGACACGGCCUGCGUGCUCAUCUUCACCUUUGAGUAUCUGAUGCGGCUCUUCGCAGCGCCCAGCCGCUGCAAGUUCAUGCGCUCGGUGAUGUCGGUGAUCGACGUGGUGGCCAUCCUGCCGUACUACAUCGGCCUGGUGAUGCCAGAGAACGAGGACGUGAGCGGCGCCUUCGUCACGCUGCGCGUCUUCCGCGUCUUCCGCAUCUUCAAGUUCUCGCGCCACUCAGCGGGCCUGCGGAUCCUGGGCUACACGCUGAAGAGCUGCGCCUCGGAGCUGGGCUUCCUGCUCUUCAGCCUCACCAUGGCCAUCAUCAUCUUCGCUACCGUCAUGUUCUACGCCGAGAAGGGCACCAAGGACUCCAGCUUCACCUCCAUUCCGGCCUCCUUCUGGUACACCAUCGUCACCAUGACGACGCUGGGGUAUGGAGACAUGGUUCCUAACACCAUCGCAGGGAAGAUCUUCGGCUCCAUCUGCUCUCUGAGCGGCGUGCUGGUCAUCGCGUUGCCCGUCCCCGUCAUCGUGUCCAACUUCAGCCGCAUCUACCACCAGAACCAGAGGGCGGACAAGAUGAGGGCGCAGCAGAAGGUUCGCAUGGCUCGGAUCCGUAUGGCGAAAAAAGGAGCUGCUAACGCCUUCCUGCAGUACAAAGAGGACCGGGCCCUCGGGGACAGCGACACUACAGCUCUGUGUGUGAAGAACAGGUCGGCCUUUGAGUACCAACACAACCACCUGCUGCACUGCCUGGAGAAGACCACGAACCACGAGUUCACCAACGAGAUGAACUACAGCGAGCUGUGCACCUCGGACUCGGCGGGCUACCGGACCAGCCGCAGCACCUCCCUCUCCAGCCAGCAGGGGGCGACCGACAUCUCCACCGGCUGCUGCCCGCGGCGCGCCAGGAGGAGAGCCGCCAUGCGCCUCGCCAACAGCACCGUGUCCGUGAGCAGGGGGAGUGGCCAGGAGCUGAGCACGCUGCACACCAAGACGCCUCAGAGUCGUUCCAGUCUUAACGCACAGACGGUGGACCUGAAGCUGAACUGCGGCACACCGGAUUUCACCGCCGCUAUCAUCAGCAUCCCCACGCCGCCCGCAAACUCGCCCGACGACAGCCCCGCCCCCGCACCCAGCAUCCUGCGCAACACUCGGGCAACUGCCUACACCCACGACACCUUCAAGAUCUCCUCCUUAUAACGUACGACCUGCCCCCCCCCUCCCCUAAACCCACUUUUUCACUUCCUCUCUGUGGAUUGACGGCUUUUUAUAACACAAGCUGGCAAAAACAAAAUCAAAGGAAUUUGUAAAGAGAAACAAUAAUUGUCCUGUUGAAGAGCACCCCAUGUCCCUCCCAACCCCCCUGCUGAUUUUGGGGCGGUUCUUCUAAACAAUG